AUGGCAAUCACCAUUCUCCCGCCGGCACUACCCGUGGAACCUAAGCGCCACGCCGACUCCAACAACCUCGAAACCGACACCUCCGACGAAGAACGAGAAGAUGCCGAUGAAAUGGAAAUCGACACCCUCCCCUCCACCCGCACAAAUAACUCACAGAUCAUCACACCCGGCCAGACCAUCACUUCCGAUCCGCAAUGGAUGCGCGGCCACGGGACAUUCACCUCCACUUCCGCUGGCACGACAGCAGACGCAACCGCGAUCCGCUCCACCCUCGCCGGAACCCUCCAAAAGACGAACAAACUCCUGAGCGUCGUGCCCCUGCGAGCGCGCUACACGCCGGAGAUCGGCGACCUGGUAGUCGGCAGAAUAGUAGAAGUGCAGAGCAAGCGAUGGAAAGUGGACGUCGCGGCGCCGCUGCUGGCGAACCUCUUGCUCAGCUCCAUCAACCUGCCCGGCGGGAUUCUGCGCAAGCGAACGAGCGUGGACGAGCUGAAUAUCCGAUCCUUCUUCGCCGAAGGCGACCUGCUCGUCGCGGAAGUGCAGUCGCUCUUCCAGGACGGCAGCGCGAGUCUGCACACGCGCAGUCUGAAAUACGGAAAGCUGCGGAAUGGAUGCUUCAUGGCGGUGGCGGGCAUGGGCGGCGGUGCGGGCGUGGUGCGCAGUAAGAGGCAGAUUUUCACGCUGCAGACGCGGGAAGGCGGGGAGGUGGAUUGCCUCUUGGGCGUGAAUGGGUAUAUCUGGAUUGAAAGGCAUCGGGUGGAAGAGGAAGGGAGUGCGAAGGUGGGGCUUAACCGGUUGGAAGAGACGGUGAAUUCGGCCAUGUAUUCGAGUCAGAAUGAUGAGAUUUCCGCGGGGACGCGGAGGGAGAUUGCGAGGGUUGCCGGGUGUGUGAGGGCGUUGGUGGAGGGGAGCGUGAAGGUGGAAGAGGACACGGUGAGGAGGGCGUAUGAGGCUUAUUUGGAGAUGGCAGAGUUGGAAGGCGAUGGGGACGUGGGGUACCUGGGUGGAGAGAAGGGGAGACAGAUCGUUGAGUUUGUGAUGGGGAGGGGAGGAUGA